AUGGUAGGAGGAUGCUGUGUGUGCUCAGAUGAGCGUGGUUGGCCCGACAACCCGCUGGUCUAUUGUGAUGGAAAUGGGUGCACAGUUGCUGUUCAUCAAGCCUGUUAUGGGAUAGUGACAGUGCCAACAGGCCCUUGGUUUUGCAGAAAGUGUGAGAGUCCCGAAACUAAAGGCAAAGUACGAUGUGAGCUUUGCCCAUCCAAGUCAGGUGCUUUAAAGCGAACAGACACAGGAGGCUGGGCUCAUGUGGUAUGUGCAUUGUACAUACCCGAAGUUAGAUUCGGAAAUGUUACUUCAAUGGAGCCAAUAGUACUACGACUGAUUCCUCCUGAAAGAUAUAAUAAGACAUGUUACAUUUGUCACGAUUUGGGCAAAUCACAUAGAGCAAGUGCUGGGGCUUGCAUGCAGUGCAAUAAAUCAGGGUGCAAGCAACAAUUUCACGUGACAUGUGCUCAGAGCCUGGGACUGUUGUGUGAAGAGGCAGGAAAUUAUUUGGACAAUGUAAAAUAUUGCGGAUAUUGUCAGCAUCAUUACAGUAAGCUUAAAAAGGGCGGUAACGUGAAGACCAUCCCUCCGUACAAGCCAGUAUCGCACGAUAGCCCGUCGAGCGACUCGAGUGAGAAAGAGGGCGAAGCGUCUCCCAUGGCUAGUGGCUGCGGAACACCAACUCACCCAGCUAAAGCUAAAGGGCCGGGACGAAAAUCUUCGCACAAUAGUGGCGUUAUUUCUGGCAAGAACACACCAAACGCCUCGAAGACACCCACAAGUACAGCGCAACCACUGGUAUUAGCAACUGAGGCUGGUCAGGAAGCAAUGGAACAAACGCCAGCCGCACGAAAGCACAAAACUACAGACAAACACAAAAAGAAGCCGUCGCCGUCUCGUCGAGGAUCGUCUGCUGGAGACGCUAGUGGCUCUGGGAGUAAAGGCAGUACGCCGGCGCCAUCACCUCAACACACGGCACCAGAGCCUGCUCAGCCUGCUGGCGGUAAAGCAUCAGGCGGAUCUACACCGAGCAGCAGUGCAAAGGUGCCGGUUCCCGCCGCGUCGCCCAAUUCGAAUAAAUCAUUAGAGUCAGUCGGCGUCAUCAGCUCCGUUGCUUCCGCGAGCGCUUCGGUAUCUGCUAGCUCUGGGCCUACCACCAGCACAACAGUGAACACAUCGAUAGUGCAAACACCAACCUCCAAAGCGCCAACGUAUCAAGAAUCCGUGAUAACUAACACGGAGUCGGUAGAUACUAAACAGACGAAGAAACGCAAAGCCGUUUCUGCAAAUACGCCUAGUACGCCCGUGGAUUACGUCGCUACUCCUCCGCAUACCGUGGCAAACGACGUGAACUCUCAAACCGGCAGCCAAGUGUGGGAGAGUGGCCAUCAGCCAAGCGACGUACAAAUGGACGCCAUAGACAAAGUUGUUAAAAAGGCCAAAACCGAGGAACCUCCAACGUCACAUUUCUCGAGCGUCAGUCCCGCCCCUCCACCGCCGCCCCCACCACCGGCACACAGCCCAGCCUCGCAGCCCAGUCCUAGACAUCUUCCCAGCCCCAUGCCGGGACCCAGUGGAUUGAAUACUGCGUCAAAUAUACGGUCACCGUCACAACCACAGGGCGUGAAGGUCGAGCGCGAAGGGCCCACGUCGCUGCUCGUCUCGGUGCCCUUGCCGUCCACCAGCCACGGCCUCAACCUCACCGCACACUCACAGGUCCCAGCAGCGCCUGAGAUGACUGGGCCAUCUCAACAUAUAUUCCAUCAACCGCAGAAACAGGCUGCAAUGGAGCCUAGCGUCCCCGGCCAUUCACCACAUGGUAUACCUGGACGGUCUACUUGGGGCGGUCUAAAUGUCUCUUACGAAAUGCAACAAGAUCCUAACAAGCCUGGUGUGAGCAGUAUAGCUAGUACGAGUAAGGACCCAAAUGCUUCUUUGGGUCCCAUGCCACCGGCGGCGAUUAGGAACAAAAAGCGUGCUGCCGUGGCCACGUCCGUUGUCGCCAUGGCUAAUACACCGCCACCGUCGGCUAUCCAGCCUACAUCGACUCAAAACUUGUCAAAUGUGCGUCGUCCGCCACAACCGACCCCGCCUCCGAUAUACCAAGAAAUUAAAGAUUCACCUCCUAGUUCUCCUAGUUCCGAAAGACCGUUGAAGCCUAAAAUGGAGCAUAACCGCAUUGGGGUGAGCUGCACGGCGCCGCACAUGCUCGGCAACGAGCUGAACCCGGAGAGUGGCGCCGCGGCGCGGCUGCAGGAACAGCUGAGCGCCGAGCUCGCCGCGCACGCCGCGGGUGGCGCCGGCACCGACCCACUGGUGCCGCCGCCGCUCAUCAACAAGGCCGCGUCCAGUGCAAGCGGCAGUAGCGGACGCGGUGGGAGUACUUCGAGCGCUCAGAGCCUCGAUCAGCUGUUGGAAAGGCAGUGGGAGCAGGGCUCCCAGUUCCUUAUGGAACAGGCGCAACACUUUGAUAUUGCGUCAUUGCUAUCCUGUCUGCACCAACUGCGAACAGAGAACGUACGUCUCGAAGAGCACGUUGGCAGUCUGUUGCAAAGGCGGGACCACUUGUUAGCAGUAAACGCAAGACUCGCGAUACCUCUCACAACUGUGAGCGCGGGCCCGCCGGAGCCGAGCCGCUGCCCGCGCGAGAACGGCUCGCAGGUGCGCACCGCGCCCGCACCGCUGCGCUCCAACGAGACCGUCACCUCGGAUCGCGCACAUCAGCUGAUAAUGCGCGAGGUGCAACAGAAGCCCAGCUGA